UCUCAUCAUUGCCUGUGGGCGCGUUCAUUAAGUCGAAAAUAAUCGCACCAGAGUAAGGUUUUCGGGUGCGUUGUGCUUAAAUACCGAGCGCUGUAGACUGGGUAAACCGGGAAAAAUGCGCCAGCUGCUAUUGCUGGCCGCACUAGUUGGCGGUGUGCUGUGUAUGACCGUCGAUUACAACAAGUACUACUAUUCGCGGCAGCCCGACCUGUUUCGUCUGCUGCGCAAGUAUCACCUGUGGCCGAGGAACGAGACGCUGAAGUUUGAGCGCCCGAGGCAGGAUUUAAACGUACCCAGUCCGUUCAUUUUCGGCGGCGAGAGUGUGGCCAUCGAAUCCUACCCCUAUCAGCUGUCGCUGCGCCUCGAGGGAACGCAUAUCUGCGGUGCCUCGGUCAUAGCGGAACGAUGGGCACUGAGUGCGGCACACUGUCUGGAUGAGGCGUUGUACCCGUCCGCUAUAACGUUUCGCGGUGGGACGCCGCAUCGGCUGGCGGGUGGUUACAUUUUCCAUGCCGAGUACUACCUGCUGCAUCCAAAGUUUGACCGACGCACGCUGGACUACGAUGUGUCCGUGAUCAAUGUGCGGGAAAGUUUCUUCAUCGAUCCGAUACAGGCGGUAACGCUGGCCAACACCAACACGUACUAUCCGAUACCGUCGGCCGCGGUCGUGACCGGCUGGGGCUUGGCGGAUGCCGAUGGGUACGAGCCGCUGAUACUGCAAUCGCUGGAAAUCUACGUCCAGCAGAAGCAUUUCUGUUGGACCUCGACGAUCGAAGCUCUUACCGAUCGACAAAUUUGUGGCGGCAGUGGCGUUUACGGGAAGGAAACGUGUUACGGCGACAGUGGCGGACCGCUGGUAAUGAACGGCUACCAGGUCGGGAUAGUGUCGUGGGGUUCGGACGACUGUGCCGUAAACAUUCCGGGCAUCUACACUUCCCUCACGAACGAUGAGGUGCGUGCGUUUAUUAAGCUGAACGCGAACGUUUGACCCUUUCUCUUCGGGAAGGUGCACUUUCUCCGCUAAAUUAGGGAUGUAAUAAACAGGACGAAAUACAGAGACCGCGAAGACAUUGAUUUAGAUA